CAUGCACCCCACUUUCCAAAAAAAUUCAUUAACAUACUUAGCUGCAAAUUAAAACAUAUCUCCCACUAUUUCUCUUCCUUAUUAUUGUUAUCAAAAAUAAGAAGAAAAAAUUACCAUUUUCUCAUAUUCAUCAUAUCAUUGCCUUUGAUUUUUGACAAUUUUUUCUAUGUGACAUUAUGUUGCUAUAGUAACAAGUUCAAGAAAUAGGUAGGUAUUACAAGGCAUAAAAUGGUUAGAGAAAUAUACAAGAUUCAUAAGUCAAAAUCUUUCAAUUUUAGGAAGAUGUUUGAGGGAAGACAAGCACAUAGUGUUAUGUUAGAAAAUGGACAUGGUAGAGAAGCCAUGGAUUUUAGAAGUCAAGGUGGAAAAUCAUCUUCAGCAUUAUUAGAAAAACAACAUAUAGGUAGCGUUUUUAAUCGGUCUGUUAAUCCUAUUUCGCGCUUUGCAAAGGAAGGAUCAAGAUCAGGAAACAACCAUAAAGAUAAAUAUUCUUCAGACAUGGAAAUGAUGAAAGAAAGAUUUGCAAAGCUGCUAUUAGGAGAAGAUAUGUCAGGUGGAGGAAAGGGUGUUUCAUCAGCUCUGGCUUUAUCAAAUGCCAUUACUAAUCUUGCAGCUUCUGUUUUUGGAGAACAAUGGAAAUUAGAGCCUAUGUCUCAAGAGAGAAAAGCAAGGUGGAGAAAAGAAAUAGACUGGCUUUUAUCUGUAUCAGAUUACAUUGUUGAAUUUGUUCCUUCUCAACAAAAAUCUAAGGAUGGAACAAACAUGGAGGUAAUGGUGACACAACAAAGAAGAGAUCUGCUUAUGAACAUCCCAGCCUUGAAAAAACUUGAUGCAAUGCUCAUUGAUUGCUUGGAAAAUUUCAAAUAUGAGAAUGAGUUCUGGUAUGUUUCAAGAGAUGCUGAUGAAUCUGAGAAAGGUGUACAGAGGAAUGAUAAAUGGUGGCUACCUACAGUCAAGGUACCACCAGAAGGUCUCUCGGAUACAUGUCGAAAAUGGCUACAAUAUCAAAAGGAUUGUGUGAAUCAAGUACAUAAAGCAUCUAUGGCUAUUAAUGCACAAAUACUCUCAGAAAUGGAAAUUCCUGAAAACUACAUGGAAUCUCUUCCCAAGAAUGGUAGAGAAAGUCUUGGUGAUUCAAUCUACAAGAGCAUCACAGUUGAGUUCUUUGAUCCUGAACAAUUCCUUUCAACCAAUAUGGAUUUGUCCACAGAACACAAAGUUCUUGAUCUUAAGAACAGAAUUGAGGCAUCUGUAGUGAUUUGGAAGAGAAAAAUGCACCAUAAAGAUGGAAAAUCUUCUUGGGGAUCAGCUGUGAGUUUGGAGAAAAGGGAACUUUUUGAAGAGAGAGCAGAGACUAUCUUACUCCUUUUAAAACAAAGAUUUCCUGGAAUCCCUCAAUCUUCCCUUGACAUCAGCAAAAUCCAAUAUAACAAUGAUAUAGGACACUCUAUUCUGGAGAGCUACUCAAGGGUACUAGAAAGCCUAGCUAACACAGUUAUGUCACGUAUUGAAGACGUGCUAUACGCGGACUCUCUAACGCAAGAUCCAUCACUCGCGAUAGCAAACCAGAACCUCUCAGCUGAUUCCUCACCUCCACUUCCAUUAAGUGGUGUGUCAACUCCCAAGGAAUUAGAGGCAGAGUUGUUAAGUUCUACAGCACAAACACCGUCUUCGAGGACUUUAUUCGAUUUUAUUGGCUGGAAUGUGGAGCUAGGGGAAACAGGAAUGAAGAAGAAUCAUUCGACGGGUAACUUGGAGGCUUAUUUCAAAGGUGAAAAUGACAACAAAUCCAUGACAAAACUAGCUAAUAUUACUCCCAAGAAAUUUUCCUACAUUGACAAGAUUGAAAGUGGCCUAAGAAGUCCAACAGCUCGGGACUAACAGCACUAGGCAACGACACUGAGGAAAGAAAGGAUAAACGAGAACAAUGUCAAGGUGAUAGGAAGAUAGGAAGUAAACAAAACCUGAAGUAGUUAGGAAGUUUACCUGUGUGUAAAUACUCCGACCUUUUUAAGGCGUUGGAUGUGGUUAGUGUUUGAAGUAUGCGACUGCUCUUCCUUCCAUUGUGGAUAGGGAAGUUAACAAUGUUAUGUUGUGCUUUUAAUGUAUAUUUUUUGUAGCAUA